GGCAUCCUACUGCAGUUCCCUGAGCAUUGACAGGAGAGGGGACUUGUCUAGUGUGGAAGGCCUCAAUAGGCUCUUCCACCUCCUCAGUGUCCAGCAUUCCUGUGGGGAAUGUGGUCAUGCUCACCAGUAACUGACAGCAGUGUGUUUCCUGUACAGUCACCACACAGAUGUGGCAAGAACUCAGAUCUUAAAUAUCACACAGGAAAUUAGAGGUCUCUGGCUCUGGGCCUCUUUCCUCACCUGAUGGUUUAAAAGUUGUGAGAAGUAACAAAGUGGCCAACUGAGACCUGGUCAGACCCUGAAGAGGAUGUUCCUGCUCCUGGUCCUCCUGGUGGCUGCCCUGCCAGUCAACGCUGAAGGAGAGUUAUAAAUGUAACCUUAGGAAUUCACAAUCUCAAGAAAAAGAAAAACACCCAGCUCAUUCCUGUCAGUGAAGCCAUACCUCACGAGAGCUUUGACAAUGAAACACUGGUCAAUGACAUCAUGCUCCUGAAGCUGGAACGCAAAGCUCAACUCAACAGUGCUGUGGAUACUAUUGCCCUUCCAAAGAGCAAGGAUUGGGUGAAACCUGGGCAGGUGUGCACAGUGGCAGGUUGGGGAAAGUUGGCCAAUUGCACUUUGUCUGACACACUUCAAGAAGUGAAUCUAGAAGUUCAAAAGGGCCAGAAGUGUCGCAGCAUGUCCCAAACCUACAACGACUCCAUCCAGCUCUGUGUGGGAAAUCCCAGUGAGAAUAAGGCUACUGGUAAGGGUGACUCUGGCGGACCCUUUGUGUGUAAUGGGGUGGUCCAGGGCAUUGUCAGUUGUCGCUUGUGUACUGGGACACUUCCUCGGGUAUUCACCAGAAUUUCCAGCUUUAUGCCUUGGAUUCGGAAAACAAUGAAACUCCUGCAACAACCCUAGAACACAAAACCUGUGUCUGGGCCAGUGUCCAGCAUCCUGGGGUAUGGUUGUCUGAGCCUUAAUAAAGAAAUCUGUCUGCAGGAAA